UAUCACAGUUAGUUAAGAAGGGAUUGUUUUGUACUGAACAGACGAAGCUUUCAAUGUUAGACAGGAUCAGGAUGUGUCUUCUUGUAGCAGUGUUGUGUUCUUGUUUAGUGUUCAGUGUCCAAGGUGUAACAGUCAAAAUGGUUCGAAGCGUUAGCUUUGACAAUAGGCUUGAUGAACGCUAUGUCGUCACAGAUCUCACUGGACUUCCCCACAUGGGAGCCUGUGCCUCCUUCUGUCACAAAGACGUUCGCUGUGUCGCCAUCGCCUACAACAUCCUCACCGGCAGAUGUCUCCUCCACUCCGUACACUUCUACAACAUGAAUAUGGGUGUAUCACAAGAGGGAUGGAGGUACUUCAAGCUGUUUACAGACAAAUGUCCCAAGAAUUACGUCUAUAACAGAGUGGCAAAAUUGUGCUUCCGACAUUACCGGAGAGCCGAUUACUGGACGAAAUGUGUACAGAGGUGCAACGAAAGAAAUUCGUCGCUUCUGAUCAUUGACACGGCUGAGAAGCAAGCAGAACUAGUGAGACAAAGCAUGUGUACCAAAGUGUACAGCAACAAAACUACUGGCUUGGAGGUUACAAGGACAACGGGACAUGGCGCUGGAUUGACGGAAGGGAGAUAACUGAGACAUUCUGGCAUAGCCCCAAUGUCAGUUUAAAAGAUGGGAAUGUGGCUAUAGUACACAACAUGGGUUUCCAGUGGUGGGUGCUCAGUAGUCGGAGACACUAUAUAUGUGAAACAGCAAAUAUACUGUUCUGAGACCACGCUGCUGUAUUAUCAGACCUGGGCCCGUUUCACAGAACGAUCGCUGCGUUAUGACAGUCUGUGUUGAUUAGUGUUGGGAAUUGGUUAAAAUCUCAUAAUUGAUGAUUGGUUCAUUACAACCGAUCAAUCAUCGAAAAUAA